AUGAAGGACCCUCUUAUAACUAUGGAUGAGGUAUCGAAACAUACAUCUCGAGAUGAUUGUUGGACUGUUAUCCACGGAAAGGUGUAUGACAUUACAAACUUUUUAAACAAACAUCCGGGAGGUACACAGGUACUUCUAAAGUAUGCAGGAAAGGACUCUACAUUACAGUUUGAUGAUAUAGGCCACUCUUUGGAGUCUCUUGCCUAUGAUUUAGAUCCCGGUGCUCUUAAAGGCACUUUAUAUCAACCAAAGUCCAAAUCUCAUCGUAUUGGAGACAAUGACAACGAUGAAGAGAACAACGAUGAAGUCCAACUUCCGUUCUUCUUAACUACAAUAUUCCCAGCGGCUGGCAUCUUCUGGUUAACAGAGGCUUGUCAAGCUAUAAAAAAAUUCCUAGUUCUUGAGAGAGACACUCGGAUUCGGUUGCUAAGCGUGACUAUCUUCUUUUGUGUUCUCACUUUAGGACUAAUUCAUUAUGGCCAUGAUGAUUUCGCUAUAGAUUAUAAUGAUUAUAGCGCUCCUACAUGGCUAGAUUGA